UAUAGAGAACCUGUUUUUGUUCCAAAGAGCUCUGAAGAAAUGACUAAAGACGACGACUUUAAGCUCCUAAAAAUCCAGACAUGUGUUCUCAAAGUGAACAUUCACUGUGAUGGAUGUAAGCAGAAAGUGAAGAAACUACUUCAGAAAAUUGAAGGCGUUUAUCAAGUUCAGUUAGAUGCAGAACAUCAGAAAGUGACAGUUUCAGGAAGUGUUGAUUCUGCAACACUGAUCAAGAAACUGAUGAGAGCUGGUAAAUAUGCAGAACUUUGGUCACAGAAAACAAAUCAGAACCAGAAGCAGAAUAACAACAGUAUGAAGAAUGACAAGAACAAAAAGGGUCAAAAACAGCAAGGACAGGUCAACAACCAGCAGAAAUUUAAAUUCCCUGCUUUUAGUUCUGAAGAAGAUGAUGAUAUCUAUGAAGACGAAGAUGAAGAAGACUGUGAAGAUGAUGAUGGGCUGAGGUUCAUCAGUGAGAAGGCUAAUCAACUGAAUUUGAUCAAGCAGCAGCAAGCAGCUAGUGCAGCAAAGAAUGCAAAGAGAAAUGGUGGAGCCAUGAAUCAAGCUGCUUCUUUCAACAAUGGUGGCAAGGCAAACAAUAAUAAUAAUAAUGCCAAUGGUGGAAAGAAAGUAAGCUUUGAUCCAAAAGCCAUGGCUGCUCUAAAACUAAACAGUAAUGCCAAUCUAGGCGGUGAAAGUCUGAGUCUUGGAGAACCCAGGAGGGUCACAAAUGACAUAGGUUCUAUGAUGAGUCUUGCUGGUUUUAAUGGAAAUAACAAUGCGAACAAUUCUGGAUUUGGAGGAUUCCAAGUUCAGUCCAACCCUGGAUUCCAAGGACCCUCUUCAGGAAUCAUCCCAAAUGGUGGUCUUCUCACAAAUCAACAGUAUCCAUCAUCAUCUUCAUCUCCUCUUCUGAUGAACGUGAAUGGUUUUAGCAAUAAUCAUCCAUCUUCAUUGAUGAUGAACAUGAAGCAACAACCCCAGAUGAUGUAUCAGAGGGCUCCGUCUGUUCCUCCAACCACUGGAUAUUACUGGAACAACUAUAAUGAUUAUAAUUACAGUCCUGCCAUUGCCAAUUACUCUCAUUUUGAGCUGCCUAAUUACUCUGGGCAAGAUCACUAUGCAGCUGAUAUGUUCAGUGAUGACAACACUAACAGUAGCUGCUCAGUUAUGUGAAUCAUAGGUUGUGGAGCUAGAGUCUUGAAAAGAAGAAAAGAAGGCAAAAGGCAAAUGAGAUCAUGGUGUUUGACCUGAAAAGUUCCCUCUUUUACCUUGCUUUACCCAGCUUGUGGCUUUUGACUGUAACUUUUAGAGGGGAAAGGGAUUGUGUGUGAGAGGUGGAUGUGUGUUUGUAGAUGCGAAUUUGGGAUGAUGUUGCCUUUAUUUUCCCCUUUUCGAAAAAGAAGUCUACGUUGCUUGCUUCUCAAAACAUGUCUUUUCAGUGUUGUGUUCUGAUGCUUUGGAUUUGUAAACUAUGUAGUAUGAAGUACGAGGAGAACUAUAUAA